AUGAAGGAUGAAUUUGAUGCUUUAAUUGAGAAUAAAACUUUGGAUCUUGUGUCGCGGCCUCCGAAUGCUAAAGUUAUUCGUUCCUUGUGGAUUUUUCGAGUGAAAACUAAGUCUGAUGGUUCUUUUGAGCGCUAUAAGGCGCGUCUUGUUGGUGAUGGCAAGUCUCAAAGAGAGGGCAUUGACUGUGAUGAGACUUUUAGCCUUGUGGUCAAACUUGCUUCUAUUCGCAUUGUUUUGAGUAUUGCUCUGUCUAAAUCUUGGUCCAUUCAUCAGUUGGAUGUUAAAAAUGCUUUCCUCCAUGGUCACUUGGAUGAAACAGUAUGUGUACAUGCAUCAACCUUUGAAUUUCCGAUCCCACUCAACCUGAUCAUCAAUUCUGAUAACUCUUUGUUUGUUUAUUGUCAUGGGUCCAAUAUUGCUUAUCUUCUUUUGUAUGUGGAUGAUAUUAUACUCACUGCUUCUUCUACUCUUCUCCGUCAGUCUAUUAUGCCUAAAUUAAGUUCGGAAUUCGCUAUGAAGAACUUGGGUCCUCUCAGUUACUUCUUUGGUAUUGCUAUUUCUCGUACUCCUGCAGGUCUAUUUCUCUCUCAAACCAAAUAUGUUGCUGAAAUUCUGGAUAAAGUUGGCAUGUCUCAAUGCAAACCUGCCCAUACUCCUAUUACUACAUCCAGCAAACUUUGUGCUGAUGCUGGGUCUCCAUAUGAUAAUCCUACCUUGUAUCACAACUUAGUUGGGGCCUUACAGUAUCUUACUUUCACCCUUCUAGAUAUUUCUUAUGCUGUUCAACAAGUGUGCUUAUUUAUGCAUGAUCCUCGAGUUGAACAUAUGGCUGCUCUUUAUAGAAUUCUUCGGUACAUUCAAGGGACUCUUGACCAUGGACUACAGCUAUAUAAGUCCCCUGUUUCUUCUCUCUUAUCCUAUACUGAUACUGAUUGGGGUAGUUGUCUUGACACCCGCCAUUCCACUCCCGGUUACUGUGUUUUUCUAGGUGACAAUUUGAUCUCUUAG